AUGGCGAGGCUCCCGGGGGCCGCCCCGGCUGCUGCGGGAGUUGUGCUGCUACUUUGCCACUUUUUCCUGGGCCGCUUCCAGUUCGCCCACGGGGAGCCUGGGAACCGCAUCAAUGACUGGCAAUAUCAAGUUGGGCAGGCCUUCCCGCAAGCAGGAGAGGAGAUAGAAGUAGACACGCAUUCCUUCAGCCACAGGUGGAAAAGGAACACAGAUCUGCUCAAGGCUGUGGACACCAACCGAGCCAGCUUGGGCCAAGACUCCCCGGAGCCCCGAGGCUUCACAGACCUGCUGCUGGACGACGGACAGGACAACGCCACCCAGAUCGAGGAGGAUACAGAUCACAAUUACUAUAUAUCUCGGAUAUAUGGCCCAUCUGAUUCGGCCAGCCGGGGUUUGUGGGUGAACAUAGACCAAAUGGAAAAGGACAAAGUGAAGAUUCAUGGAAUACUUUCCAAUACUCAUCGACAAGCUGCAAGAGUGAAUCUGUCUUUCGAUUUUCCAUUUUAUGGCCAUUUUCUACGUGAAAUCACUGUGGCAACGGGGGGUUUCAUAUACACUGGAGAAGUUGUACAUCGAAUGCUGACAGCCACACAGUACAUAGCACCUUUAAUGGCAAAUUUUGAUCCCAGUGUCUCCAGAAAUUCAACAGUUAGAUAUUUUGAUAAUGGCACCGCACUUGUUGUUCAGUGGGACCACGUACAUCUCCAGGAUAAUUACAACCUGGGAAGCUUCACCUUCCAGGCAACCCUCCUCAUAGAUGGACGCAUCAUCUUUGGGUACAAAGAAAUUCCUGUUUUGGUCACGCAGAUAAGUUCAACCAAUCACCCAGUGAAAGUGGGGCUGUCUGAUGCAUUUGUCGUUGUCCACAGGAUCCAACAAAUUCCCAAUGUUCGAAGAAGAACAAUUUAUGAAUACCACCGAGUAGAGUUACAAAUGUCAAAAAUUACCAACAUUUCAGCUGUGGAGAUGACCCCAUUACCUACGUGCCUCCAGUUCAAUGGUUGUGGCCCCUGUGUAUCCUCUCAGAUUGGCUUCAACUGCAGUUGGUGUAGUAAACUUCAAAGAUGUUCCAGUGGCUUUGAUCGUCAUCGCCAGGACUGGGUGGACAGUGGAUGCCCUGAGGAGUCUAAGGAGAAGAUGUGUGAGACCAUCGAGCCAGUGGAAAGCUCUUCUCAGACCAGCACAACCACACAAGCAACAACUGUGCUAUUUAAGUUCUUAACAACCACCAGAGGAGCAGCGACAUCCCAGCUGCCCACCAGCCUGCCCACAGAAGAUGAUACCAAGAUAGCAUUGCAUCUAAAAGACAAUGGAGCUUCCACAGAUGACAGUGCAGCCGAGAAGAAAGGGGGAAGCCUGCAUGCUGGCCUCAUUGUCGGAAUCCUCAUCCUGGUCCUCAUUAUAGCAGCAGCCAUCCUUGUGGCCGUCUACAUGUAUCAUCACCCAACAUCAACAGCCAGCAUCUUCUUUAUUGAGAGACGCCCAAGCAGGUGGCCUGCGAUGAAAUUUCGAAGAGGUUCUGGCCAUCCUGCUUAUGCAGAAGUGGAACCCGUGGGAGAGAAGGAAGGUUUUAUUGUCUCAGAGCAGUGCUAA